AGUCCAUUUGCUGAUUUACAAGACGUUUUUACCCAAAGCCUCGAGUACAAAUGGAACUUGAGUAGUAGGCUGCUGCAGAGAACCCCAAGUGUAUCGUUUCACAGUAUUGCCGUAGUACCACCUCAGCUACCAGGCGCGGUGAAAACGAUUGGAUCAAUGUCUCAAUAGUUUAAGCACACCAAAACAUCUCGAUAACAAUGUAUGAUGAACACAAAUACUAUACUACAGUGCAAUAUACUACCGUCUAAUUUCCUCAACAAUCUUCACAUGGUCUUUACAGAAUGUGCCUGUGUAGCCCAGGUUUUGGAAGGCCAUCUUGAGGGAAUUAGAUAUGAAUUAUCGAUACAUUUGCAUUCUUUCCACGUAUGUACAUAUUAAUGAGAGCAUGCUACACAAUGGCUGUUGUUUUUUUAAAUUAUGAUUAGUAAUCAUGUGCCGUUGGCACCACUGUUGCAGCUGUGCAGUUUGUCUCGUGGCUGCAAUGUCAUCGGGCGCGCGACUUCAGAGUCAGUCCUUUGGUGGAGAGGCGCGAAAGGAGAGACUAAAAAAAUAUAUCUAAAAACAAGUCCAACGAAGUUUAUGAUUUGAGUUGAAUGCAACUAAGUUAUCAAACAGUAGAUUAUCAAACUCGAAAGAAUGUAAACUUAGAUUGGAGCAUCAAUCGAAUAAAGACUUCUGAAUUGGAUAUCCUGGCUGGUUCUAGCUGUUGAAGACAAGCUAAUGAGAUAAAUAAAAAGUCCUCACGACUAAUGCAUUCCCCAUCACCAACAACAUGGACAUUCACUAACGAGUCCGGCUCAUACUGCGCAGUGUGCUGUAGGCCACUGUCAGUCUUACAGUAAGACCUGUGUCCUUGUAGGUUCCCAACUAUAGGGGAAGGAGAGCAAUAGGGAGACCAAGAUUUCCCCAACGUCCGGUCCACAGCCACACACUGUGUUUUGUAUCCCCCAUAAGAGUCCCUUUUUAAAGUCCCUCGUACCCCAGUUGUGUAUUCUAAAGCAGUUACGUUUUUCGGCAAAUUAUUUGUUUCUCUAGAAAACGUUUGCUCGUUGUCAACGCCAGCAAUUUUAGACACUAUUGGGGGCAAAUGGCACAGACAACAAGGUGCGCACAGCUCCUUCAGCGAGGCCAACGACAGUGAUUUGAGCCGGCCACAAAAAAACCCAGAGUGCCUUCGGUCCACAUACCGUCUUGUUGUGAACGUUAAAAAGGCUGUUUGCAGCCUGAUUUACUUUUAGAACGCAGAACAAUUCCAACGCGGAUGUUUUGCCCGUUCUUCACCGGGCAGAAAGCACAAACUUGCGAACAGAUAGCAGCAACGGAGAAACCCCGGGCCGGGGGUUGAGUCUACACAGUUCUCAUGUCGUAUUUAAACACAGCCCUCUGAUCGCCGCAGCGCUACUCAACAGCAGAGAGCAGCGUUGCACAUUCAAAUUUCACACGCCCCACGAGUGUUUUAAACAUGGCAGAAGUCGCUCCAGCUCCCGCUCCAGCCAAGGCACCCAAGAAGAAGGCGGCAGCCAAGCCCAAGAAAGCUGGACCCAGCGUCGGCGAGCUGAUCGUCAAGGCCGUGUCCGCUUCCAAGGAGAGAAGCGGCGUGUCCCUGGCAGCGGUCAAGAAAGCCUUGGCGGCCGGCGGCUACGACGUAGAGAAGAACAACUCCCGCGUCAAGAUCGCAGUGAAGAGCCUCGUCACCAAAGGAACCUUGGUCCAGACCAAAGGAACGGGCGCGUCUGGCUCUUUUAAGAUCCACAAGGAGGCGGAUACCAAGGCAAAGAAGCCCGUGAAGAAGGUCGCCGCUGCGAAAGUCAAAAAGGCAGCCGCCAAGAAACCCGCAGUUGCUAAAAAGUCGCCCAAGAAGGUCGCUGCGAAGAAGCCCGCGGCUGCCAAGAAGCCACCCAAGAAGGCUAAGAAGCCCGCGGCUGCCAAGAAGUCAACCAAGAGCCCCAAGAAGGUGAAGAAGCCCUCAACUCCCAAGAAAACAGUGGCCAAGAGCCCCAAGAAGGCAACUAAGGCAGCCAAGCCUAAAGCCGCCAAGCCCAGGGCGGUCAGGGCAAAGAAAGCAACGCCUAAGAAGAAGUAAACCUUAGUCCGCGUCUGUGACGGUAUCACAAAUAAAAAAAGGCUCUUUUAAGAGCCAACCACCUCUUUCCUGAAAAGCGCAUGUCCAUGUUGUUUGCCCCUGUACCAAACACGUUCACAGACAUGUUGGUGUUUCAUCGCUCAGUUAACUUGUAGACUUUGGAACUUUAUUACAGGCCACUUCUGUUGCACCUUAAAUUAGCUUGGUCUCAGACAUAACCCAGAUAGCAAGACGACAUUGAAUCAAUAUUGAUUUUCCAUCUAAAUCAUCAGAAUGGUUAAGAUUGAAAUCUCAAUGCUAAAUAAACGUUGAAUCACUAUUGCAAUAUCGAUGAAACACAGGAUACAUUGGAACAACAUUGAUUUAUAGUUGUCCUGAUUAAUUGAUUAAACAUCGAUUUGUAGUUGACCGGGAACAAUGAUUGAAAAGUCAUUGAAUUAUAGUUGACCGGCAAAUAUGAUCGAAAGGUCAUUGAGUUAUAGUUGACUGGGAAAUAUGAUCGAAAGGUCAUUGAGUUAUAGUUGACCGGGAAAUAUGAUCGAAAGGUCAUUGAGCGAUAGUUGACCGGGAGACCAUCGUUUGGUAAAUCAACGUCAGAUGAACUUGUUCUUCUCUUUUGUGGAUCCACAUCAGGUAAGCAGAAUAUUGAUUUAAUGUGAAAUUGUACCAAAUGUAAUAUUUGCAGACGUUUAUCGUUAAUUUACAUUGUCUAUAUUAAAUUCAGUCAUAGUCAAGUUUCCAUCAAUAUUGUAUUUAUUGAAUGUGUACUGUAUAGCCAAU